AUGAAGAUCGAGUUCGCCCCCAUCAACAUCCCCCUCAAGAGGAGGAUCCAGACGGCGGCCGUGCUCCAGUGGAUCUUCUCCUUCCUGCUGCUCGCGGAGUUUUGCUGUGGGUUCUUUGUAAUCUUGAUUCUGGGCAACUUUUGGUUUCUUGGCGUCCUGUACUUGCUGUGGCUCUACCACGACUGGGACACGCCGUGUGCUGGAGGGAGAAGGUUCCAGUGUGUGAGAAACUGGACAAUCUGGAAGUACUUUAGGGAAUACUUUCCCAUCAAGCUUAUAAAAACUUCAGAAUUGAGUCCAGAGCACAACUACUUGCUUGGCUUUCAUCCUCAUGGGGUGCUGGUAGCUGGAGCCUUUGGAAACUUCUGCACUGGGCAAAAUUUCAAGACUCUGUUUCCCGGGAUUACUCCAUACCUUCAUAUCACUCCCAUCUGGUUCGGCUGUCCCUUCUUCAGAGAAUAUGUCAUGAGUGCUGGAAUGGUCUCCGCAUCCAAGGAGAGCGUCUCGUACGUGCUGAACAAUGAGGGAGGUGGCCACGCAUCCGUCAUCGUCAUCGGAGGAGCAGAGGAAUCUCUGAACGCGCAUCCUGGAAGCCUAACCUUGAACAUCCUCAAGAGGAAAGGCUUCAUUAAAAUGGCCUUGAAACACGGGGCUCAUCUGGUCCCGGUGUUUUCCUUUGGUGAAAACGAGCUCUUCAAGCAAGUUGCAAACCCCAGAGGUUCCCGGCUCAGAAGCAUCCAGGAGAGGCUGCAGAAGAUCAUGGGCUUUGCUCUGCCACUGUUUCAUGCCAGGGGUGUAUUUCAAUACACUUUUGGCCUAAUACCUUACAGGCAACCUAUUCAUACCAUCGUGGGAAGUCCCAUCCCUGUGAAAAAGAACUUGAAUCCUACCAAUGAAGAGAUUGAGCAGCUACAUGAGCUAUACCUACAGAAACUGAAUAAAUUAUUUGAAGACCACAAAAGAAAUUAUGGGAUCCCUGAGCAGAGAUGUCUUGUCUUUGAGUAGUGAAUUACAAUUUGUGAUUACAAGGAUCAACGUGGGAAAAAAAAUUGGUUAAAUAUGUCUUGAAAAAUGUCUUUCUUGCAAUCUAUAUUUUGUUAUCUUUAAUUCUUCUUGUUUAAGGAAUAAUUUCAAGAAUGGAUUGUUUGAUUUUUAUUUUUUAAUCUUAUGGGGGGAAAAAAAGAAAUCCUUAGGGCGUGAUUGGGGAAGCCAUUGCUGUUCUAAGUUGUUUUUUUUUUCGAUUCUUCUGUACUAGAAAUGCUAGUGAGAGACUCGGUGCAGAUGUUCCUACCACCAUGUUUUGGGCAGAGAAAAUGGCCCUAGCAUGGGAUCAAGAGCAGGAGAGGUAUAACCCGCCCCCACCGAAGCAUGUAAUUAGGACUUGCUAGCAUGUGUGAAAAAUCAAUUUGUUCUUUGAAUAUCAAAGAAAUCCUAUUGCUUUUCUAUAAAAAUGAAGCUGUUUUUUCAGUAGAUGGCUAUUAUGACCUAUUUAUAUAGGAUUUCAGGAAUAUUGUGCACUUUCUGCCUUAAAGAAGAUAUCACCAAAUGUGAUAUCUAACUUAUGGAGCAGAUUAAGCUCUGCUGGGAGGAAGAACAGUGUGAGUUGCUCUAUAUUCAUGCAUUUCCUGGGUAGUGGGAAGCACUGAAUGGCGUGACAUCCUUCAUCCCAUGGACACACUGUGCUUUUGAUCAUCGGUUUGUGCGAUGCCACAGCUGGGUUUGGCAGCUCGAGCUCCCAGGAGGGGCAGGCACAGUGCAGGUGUUUAGCACUGAAGCUGCUGGGGGAGUCAUGUGGAUCUUGCAUGUCAUGGGUAUUCAGAGUUAGUGUUCUGGACACUGGCACAGAGGAAGUGAAGCCCGCUUUGUUCAGUCUAGCUCUGAAACUAUAGGAGGAAAGGGUGCUUGUUAUGCUUUUUUCCUCCUCUCCUGAAUCCUAGUUCUCUGAAGACCAGUGGAUGGGGAGGCAGACUGGGAGGUUUUAUUCUUCUUUCCUACUAGUUUGAUUGAACCAAAUUCUAACCUGUGGUUUCCUGAUCUGGAAAGCUGCCUGUCACCGUGGCACAGCUGUAGCUGCCAAGGCAAUGCGAGCACUUGUGCUUGACAGAAGAUUUUGCUUAAGUAUGGAUGUCUUUUUUAAAAUAGAUAUAUAUAUAUCUUGGUCUUUUUCAUUUAAAAUGCCUAGGCCUCCAAGAUGAUGAUUUGUGAAGAAAAUUGUAAUUUUUUUUAUAUAUGAGAAGUUUACUGUAUUUGUGAGUGUUUUCUGUCCGUGCUUGGGCUCUGCAAAUCUGAGUUUAUUGAGAAGUGUGUGCUUUGCCUUAAGCAGUUUUGCUUCCUGAAUGUUUUAUCAGGUGCCCUGACAGGAUGUGCGUGGGCUUGUUGGGCAGCCUGGGGCACCUGCAGCCCUGCCAGUUGGCAGCACUGGGCUCUAGGAGUAGUCCUGUUGGCCCCAUGGAGACCUUGGGCUCGUUGUGCGCUUGGAGCCUUCCUAGCACAAGCGUGGCUGUGGUUCGGAGAAGUGUUAGAAGUCUAGGGAAAAAAGAUCUGUAGCCAGAUGAAUGUCUUCCAAGAAACGGGUGGAAGCGGUGUGACUCCUGAGGAAUGGACUGCCCAUGAACCCAGGCCCCAGCGUUGAGCAAGUGUCUGCCGUACAGGACACAUGGAUGUUAGUGUAACCUGUUCCAAAAAAACCUCCGUACAAGGUAUGGUUUGCUCGGGAGGGCUGUGCCUUCUAGUGCAUGUCUGUCACUUGGGAAUGACCAGCACUGAGAUGGUAAAUCCCACUCAUGGUUUCCCUAGGACUACAGAUGCCUUUAGGAGCCAGGAUGAGAGCUGGAGUUUUUGAUGUCGAGAGAGGCAGCUCUCCUUCCCUGGCAGGCUGCUGCCAGCAUGUCCAUAGCUCUUCUCAUACCCAGUUUAGCUUUCCCGGUGCUGAAUCCUUCCCAGGGCUUGGCUGUCUCAUGAUGAUUGCAUGUGAUGACUAUGUGCAUGUACAAAACUUUAAAUGGCUUCCUGUCCUCAUCCAAAAGCAGUGGUUUAGGAGCAGGGCUUGAGAAGAGGAAAUGCUGUGAGCGUUUGACGUGAGCUUAAGAUCCAGGAGUAUUUCAGCUUUUGGAAUAGCAAAUGCCUAGGGGAUCAGACAUCCCAGAUUUGAUACUUGGAAGGGGCGUUUAGGGUCCUGAGGCCCUGAGGAGUGGAUUUUUAUUAAUCCAGCUGUGCGAAGCUGCCAUUUGAGCUCAUCUCUUGUUGCUUGCCCUGACGAGAGGCACUCGUGCAGUGACCGAAGACGGACUGGGUCAGCCUGCCCUCCCACAUCACCUGGUCUAAUAAGAUGCUUCCUCUCAUACUCAGUCUGUUUUAUCACAUUACUGUAAUGAUACAGAAGCUCAGGAUGUACAUUUUCAAGCCAUAGUGUGGGUUGAAGAUAGGAACUGCUUGCAUUGCUGUUAAUUAAAUUAGCCCCAAAUUCUAGGGAACUGGAGGAUACUGAUUUGG